CGAGGGGUGGGGCGGGCCCUGCGCCGGAAGUCCCUGCAGAUAGUAAAUAAGCCCAAAAGGCGAAAGUGAGGCUGUCUCCAUCUUGUCUGCGCCCGCUGGAAUUCGCGACGUGUGGAGAUGGGGAGCGUUCUGGGGUUGUGCUCCAUGGCGAGCUGGAUACCAUGUUUGUGUGGCAGUGCGCCGUGUUUGCUGUGCAGAUGCUGUCCGAGUGGAAACAACUCGACUGUAACUAGACUGAUCUAUGCAUUUUUCUUGCUUGUUGGAGUGUGUGUAGCUUGUGUAAUGUUGAUACCAGGAAUGGAAGAACAACUGAAUAAGAUUCCUGGAUUUUGUGAGAAUGAGAAAGGCCUUGUCCCUUGUAAUAUUCUGGUUGGCUAUAAAGCUGUCUACCGUUUGUGCUUCGGCUUGGCUAUGUUCUAUCUUCUCCUGUCUUUAUUGAUGAUUAAGGUGAAGAGUAGCAGUGAUCCUAGAGCUGCAGUGCACAAUGGAUUUUGGUUCUUUAAAUUUGCUGCAGCAAUUGCAAUCAUCAUUGGGGCAUUCUUCAUUCCAGAAGGAACUUUUACAACUGUGUGGUUUUACGUAGGCAUGGCAGGUGCCUUUUGCUUCAUCCUCAUACAGCUAGUCUUACUUAUUGAUUUUGCCCAUUCGUGGAAUGAAUCAUGGGUUGAAAAAAUGGAAGAAGGAAACUCAAGAUGUUGGUAUGCAGCCUUGUUAUCGGCUACAGCUCUGAAUUACCUGCUAUCUUUGGUUGCUGUCGUUCUGUUCUUUGUCUACUACACUCAUCCAGCCAGUUGUUCAGAAAAUAAGGCGUUCAUCAGUGUCAACAUGCUUCUCUGCAUUGGUGCUUCUAUAAUGUCUAUACUGCCAAAAAUCCAAGAAUCACAGCCAAGAUCUGGUUUGUUACAGUCUUCAGUAAUUACAGUCUACACAAUGUAUCUGACAUGGUCUGCUAUGACCAAUGAACCAGAAACAAAUUGCAACCCAAGCCUACUAAGCAUAAUUGGCUAUAAUACAACAAGCACAAUCCCAAAAGAAGGGCAAUCAGUCCAGUGGUGGCAUGCUCAGGGAAUUAUAGGACUAAUCCUCUUUUUACUGUGUGUGUUUUAUUCAAGCAUCCGUACUUCAAACAAUAGUCAGGUUAAUAAGCUGACUUUAACAAGUGAUGAGUCAACAUUAAUAGAAGACGGGGGAGCCAGAAGUGAUGGAUCGUUGGAGGAUGGCGAUGAUGUUCACCGAGCUGUAGAUAACGAAAGGGAUGGUGUCACUUACAGUUACUCCUUUUUUCACUUCAUGCUUUUCCUGGCUUCCCUUUAUAUCAUGAUGACCCUUACCAACUGGUACAGGUAUGAACCCUCUCGUGAGAUGAAAAGUCAGUGGACAGCUGUUUGGGUGAAAAUCUCGUCCAGUUGGAUUGGCAUCGUGCUGUAUGUUUGGACACUGGUGGCACCACUUGUUCUUACAAAUCGUGAUUUUGACUGAAUGGGACAUCUAGCAUGACAGUCUCACUUCAAUCAUUGCUUAUUUGAAGAGUAUUCCAAACUUUUGUAAAGUUGUGUAUAUGUGUGUUUCCCAUGUAUCUUUUCCAGUGUUGUUCGGCAUGAAUUAGAUUUUACCGCUUGCCAAUUUAUUAUUUUCUUGCCAAGUGCACUGAUACGUGAGUUAGAAUGAAUUGUGAAGGGAGAGUAUUAUGAAUAAGGUGUUAACAUUGUUAGGCCCUGUCCUCUGCCCUGUACCUGUGAAAUUAAGAAUGAAAACAAAACCGUUUGACAGUUUGAUUUUAAAAUUGUAUCAGACCUUAAGCUGUCUUAGAAAGUUUUAUAAAAGCAAAUGCAUGGCUGCCUUUUGAAAUAUUUGAUAUAUUACAUUGUCUUUCAGGAGACCUCAAAGAAGGCGGCUAUUGUAAAAUUGUCUAAACAAGUCAUUUAAAUGGCAGUUGUCUGAAAAAUCUUUUCAGGUUUUCUUCUUGAUAGGAAAGUAGGGGAGUGUUUGCUGGACAAUACUGUAGGUCUUAUAGAUGGGGCUUGAAGCAGAGUCAUUAAAGAAAGUUAGAUUAGUGGCAGUAGGUACUAAAUUGAAUACUCUUGGGUAGAGAUGGCUGUUGCCAACAAAAUGAACAUUGUUUUGGUCAUUAUAAACUCUUGCAAAAGUUUGGGUUAACAGAGAUACUAGAAACUGAAGGAUUAGGCAAGGUUUUGAAAAGGAUAAUCAUGGGUUAGAAGGAAGCUAUUGAAAGCUGUUUUGAAAGGUUUGAAAAUCAAAGGUGGUAACUUUUUAGAGGGUAGGGAAAAACUACAAAAUACUAGACUUUUUAUAGGUACUUUGAUAAAACCUACUCUAGUUCUCUUUUUUAAAAUGAAGAAACUGAAAGUCAUUCUUAUUUGUUCAAAUAGCCAAUUAGUAGCAAAGCUGCGAAGUUCCAAGGCAACCAUUCUCUGUGACAUUGAAAAAUAAUUUCUAUUCAAAAUACUUGCAUAAUUGAUUUCACACCUCAUUACUGGUGGGUAAUUUAUGUGAUGUGGAUUGCUGGUGUUCAGCAUGCUUUCUGCCUAUAAACUGAGGUCUGGAGAAUGGUGGAGUAUUUUAAUAAACUUCUGCUUAUAGUACACUACAUAGUUCAAAAGAUGUUUAAAAUGCUUUUGUAUUUACUGCCAAGUAGAUGAAAUAUAUAAUUAUUAUAUUUCAAGCAAAUCAAAAAAUCUGACAGUAAACUUAGAAAUUCUUAGUUGUUUUGUGUCAUUAGUGUCUAAUGAAGCUUUUAAAAUCUACAUUUGCAUCUUUAAAAGUAUUUAUUAAAGUAAAUGGUAUAUAACAAUUCAUCUUAUUCCUCAACCUUACUGUGUGUGUGUUGCUAUUGUGUUCCACAAUUUUGAAUGCCUGUGUUGUAUCUCUAAAUAAAUGAAUCCAGAGAAAGUG